AUGUGGUCUCAGUGCUGGAUCUCUAUCUCUCUGGUGCUCGUGCUCAGUGCAAUUUUCCAAACAUCGGCACUGGAUUAUCGAGUGAUUUGUGGCAAACGAAAGGUGAAAUCGGUCUACUUGAUCCAGAAUGGGCUAAACGCAAAGCCGGGACACUGGCCGUGGCAUGCGGCCAUUUACUAUAAGGAUAGCAAAAAUGGUAUCGACUACAAAUGUGGUGGAUCCAUCAUCGAUGACAGCACUAUCCUCACAGCUGGUCAUUGUGUUUUUUCAACUGGCGUGGUACGAGCAAGCAAACUCUCAGUUCACGUCGGCCGCAUCCAUCUGACGGAUGAUUCGGAGUAUACUCAGAAAUUUGACGCCGAAGAUGUAAUACUCCACCCCGACUUUAAGGGAACUAGAAUCGAUAACGAUAUUGCUCUGAUCAAGCUGGCGGGUAAAAUCAAGCUCACGAAGUUUGUGCAACCCGUUUGCCUGUGGACUAUGGAUGACAGUAGCGGUCCGGGUAAAAUCAUCGGCAAGAACGGAACGAUCGUUGGGUUUGGCUUCACCGAAGCAAAAGCUGUAUCGAACACGCUGAAGCAAACGUUAGUGGGUGUGGUUGAUCCAUUGACAUGCAUAAAUAGUGAUCGCGACGUAUUUGGGAACCAACUUACAUCCAACAUGGUGUGUGCUCGGGGGCAGGAAGGUGCUAGUGCGUGCAGCGGAGAUAGUGGUGGCGGUAUGUUCGUCGAAGUCGAAGGCAAAUGGUAUGUGCGGGGCAUUGUUUCCUUCAUUCCACGAUUGACCCAAGAAGGACUUUGCGAUGCAAAGUCAUACACCGCCUUUACCGAUGUAACAAAGUAUGUAGAUUGGAUUAAGAAGUACAUCGAUCCUGAUAUAUUGCCUCGGAGCUCUGAUGUGAUUGAGGUUGAUUACGACGAAAAGGUUCAAUUGUUUGAUUUGAAUACGUGCGGAAUGAUAUCAAACUCGCUCGUCGCCGAUGGCGCCCGUUGGACGUUACCAUGGGUUGGAUUCGUCGGAAUCUAUAAGUCGGCGAAUGAUACUAUCGAUAAGAGAUGCGCAGUUACAUUGUUAAAUCAAUGGUACGCUGUUGGCCCUGCACAUUGCUUCCAAAACGAUGGACUAGAGAGACGAGUUCUUCUCGGUGGUCACACCGAGCUCACACAGCCAAAAUGUGACAAUCGAAGGAGCAAAGCAUUAUGUGAAAGCCCUACACAAAUGCUCGAAAUCCAAACAAUCUACAUUAAUCCAACGUACAGUAUCAACAAUACAGCGGACAAUAUAGCGCUUAUUGAGCUGCUCAACCCAGCCGAUACCUCACAACCGAAUGUACGGCCUAUCUGCAUACCUAUCGUGCCCAAGCUUCGCUCAAACACUACCACAGAUCUUACAAUUGCCUCCCAAAUGGCAUCUCCAAAAUCCUUUGGUAGCAAACCGGUUAACUACAUCGAUUCCGAAGUCUGUACUAAGAAGUACGCUGAACAAGGGUUCCCUCUAUUCCUUGCAUCAAAACGAUUGUGCACACAAAUCCCUAACAGAGCAGCACAAGACUGCAUUCAGCUUAAAACUGGUGCACCACUCCAACAGCUGAGAAGGAUCAAUGGUAGAAGGCAAUACUUCCUGCGAGGAUUCGAUAUAUUUGGACGCUCUUGUUCCCCAUCGUUGCCCUCUGUUUAUAGUAACAUCAAUGAAUUCCUGGACUGGAUACUGUACAACAUGAAGCCUAAUGUUGUGGAAAAGACUGAAGAAACUACAAACAGUGAGGACACUGCUAUAAUGGAAAGUUGGAAUCAGUUACACCAAGGGCCGGAACUCGAAAAGCUGUCUCUGCUCAAUCUGGAUAUCUGUGGCGUGACGACUGUGAACGUUGAUACGGUCGAGGAUCGUACUUUCUAUCCCUGGAUGGGACUGUUGGUAACGCACAAAAAUACAAUGGAACCGCUAACGUACAUCGAGAGCACGGUUGUAUUGAUCAGUGAUCGAUAUGCAUUAGCUCCAGCACACAUCGUGAGCAAUUCUGUGUCAUGGCGAUUUGUCGUUCUAGGUUACUGUAAUUCCUUGCUUUUAGUAAGUUGUGCCAGCACGCCAUGCGAUCAUCUGUUCAAAAAAAUAGAAAUCAAAAACAUCCUAAUCCAUCCCUCCUAUAAUGGUGACCCCAAGCUUCACAACAUCGCUCUGAUUGAGUUUAUGAAACCAGCAGAUUUGCAGCAUAAAUACAUUAAACCUAUAUGCUUGCCGCUUACUAAAGAGCUGCGCAAGAGUAUACCGGCAGAUUUGACGGUAAUGCCUUUUAGGAACUAUGAUAAUGAGGUACGCAAUUUGACACUGAUUCGCAACACAACCUGUCAGGAGCGGUUUGUGCAGGAAGGAUUCGUAACUCCCUUGAAUACAGCUCCACUGUGUGCUGAAGAAACAUACAAGGCUAGUAAAGACCGUGUGUUCCUUAAAUCGGGCGCAAUGCUGCAAACUCCGUCUCGGAUUGACGGACAAGAUCGCUACUUCCUCAGAGGCAUUAAUAUUCUAAAUGACACAAUUAAGGAGGAAUACCAAUACUUACCGUACGCGUUUACCAACACCGAUUUGUAUCUAGACUGGAUUCUGGAUAAUAUGAAUGACGCGUCCCAGGAGAACAGCACCACAAACGAUCUAGUCGAACGUCUUGCAGUUGAUUCUCGUGAGGUUAAUCUUCCAACAGUAAGACAGCGCUUUAAGAAGAAGCUGUUCAACCUAAAUACCUGUGGAGUGUACCCGAAAGUGCAAGAAACGACAAACAAGCUCUACUCACCUUGGUUGGGAUAUGUGACCGCUCAUCCCGAUCCUAAGGAUCUACUGUGUAUGGUAAUUUUGAUAAGCGAAUGGUACGUCGUGGGACCAGUUCACCCCAUCAUCGAUCGUACAGACAUAAAGAUCCAGCUCGGCAGUAUGAUCGACUCAUCCGACGUGGAGUGCGAAGAAGGCGACGAAUCUACGCUUUGUGAUCCGGAAUUGCAGCGCAUCCCAAUAAAGAAAAUGAUUGUCCAUCCGCUCUUCAAUCGAUCGGAUUACAGCAACGACAUCAUGCUGCUGCAGCUCUCACGAUCAGUGAAAAAACCCCAGAUUAAUCCAAUUUGUUUGCCGAUCAACGAUCAGAUUCGAAGUUACGAUAUUUCGAACAUAAGAGCCCACGCCUUUAAUUUGGUCACGUUGAACUUCGUCGCGAAAAAGCUGGACGAGAACACGUACAUUCCUUCAACCGAGUGUCAACACCGGUGGAACAAAUUGGCACUGAACUGGCAGCUGGAAAAUGUGACCCAAUGCAUAGUGGCUCAAUUUUCUCCAAACACGGAAUGUUUGACAACACUACCCGGUUUUCCGGUGUAUACGCUUCAAAAGAUUAAUGGAAAAGAUCGACUGUUCUUGCGCGGGUUUGCCAAGGCGUGGCCUCAUUUCUGUAGCAAAUACUAUCCCGUGGUGUAUACUAACAUAGAUAUAUAUUUGGACUGGAUACUACAGAACAUGGAUGCAAGCUUAGAUUACCAACAGCUAUCCUUUGACCUGCGCAAGGAACUAAUAUUCGAUUAG